AUGAGUAGUACGCAUCCCGCUCCAGGGUUGUGUCAGUGUUUGCUGUGCCAUUCCUGGCGCCGUGUGGGCGGCCUGCUCGCACGGCCCAACACCACUGAGGGGUUCCGCGCAGUUGCCCUUCGGAGGAUCAGAGAGCUCUAUAGCGAGCUACUGGACGCCGCUGAGGCGUUUGACGGGUGGAGUGGUGGGGCCUUGGCAGAGGCGCCGCCAUUAGCUCCCGGUGUUUGGGUGGGAGAUCAAGCACUGCCCAAGGUCCCCCCACCAACUGUUGCCCCAGGGAGUGAAGCGCCUCCUGCUGUUGGAGUCGCCGCUGAGGCUCCUGCUGACCCUCCUGUUCCCUCAACUGGACCUGCCCAAGCCACCUCCAAAGCUGGACCAGCACAAGCUCCUGCACCAAGAAACCCACCAGAGGGAGAGAUUGGAACCCCCAGUGGAUCUAUCCCGCUGAAAGAGGAGAAAAUUGAGAAGCCUCAGCAAGGAGAGCUGAGCGCAGAGAAAGAAGAAGCAGAAGCUGCCGUCAUCGAUCGAGAAGUGGGAGAAAGAGACCCUCCCGGACUCCCGUUAGAUCAAGAGAAAGGGGGAGUAGAAGGAGAGAUAGCCGCAGGAGAGGGAGGUCGCAAGAAGGGCCACCAAGGAGUGUCGCUCAGCCGUGGUUGCAACCACCUCCCGGGACUUUCUUCCACCCUCAACGGUGGAAGCCUUAUCGUCCGUGGGGAGGGUCAUCCAAAGGAGUUAAAAGGCGAGAGCGUGCGGAGGACAUCAGGUCUUUUGGGACAGAUCCUUCCCGCAAGGCUGAGAGAGAAAGACGGCAGCAGGGUUGAUGAGACGAGACCGGCCGCAAGGGGUGAGGCAGGCCUUUCGGCAGAAGAUAAGUGGAAAGCUGGGGAGGAGGUUAAGGCAGAGGAGUUUGCUCCCGGAUUGAUAGGGAGUGGGGAUUGGAUUCAAUCCUGCCAGGCUGUGUAUUUUGAACAGCCUUGUGAGUUUGCGGGGAUUAUCGAAAAAGUGGUUUUGGAGGGCACUGAGACGGAGCUGGUCGUUCGGCUGAGUGGCACCAGUUCCGAAGGGCUUCUCAAAUACGCUACUGUGUUGCAACCUCCAGUAGUACGGGCUCAUCUUUGUCCACCCUCCUGCGACCAGCGGCGCAGCAAUCAGGAUUUACUACACCUGAAAAGCUUUCGGAGAUUUGACCCAGCGGGUGAAAAGACAUGGCAAGAGAACUUGAAGGGAGGAGACGAGAACGAGGAACUGCGGCGGCAGCAGGGAGAGUGGGAGAGAGGCCGAGCCGAGAAGAGAGGAGCAGAGGAGGUUUCUUCAGACUCCCGAGGCGAGGGAGAGAAGAGAAAAAAGAAAGACAAGAAGGUGCGCAAAGAGAAGAAGAAGAGCAAAAAGACCAAAGUGGGAGGAAAGACCCUGGCAAAGAAGGAAGCAGCGGCCCUCUACGCGGGGACAGGGCUCGAUCCGGACUCCCGAGUGAGGAGACGAGUGAGGAGAAAGGUCAGGCGAAAGCUGAAGAAAACAAGGAGCAGCUCCAGCUCCUCCUCCCGAACCACAAGCUCCACCAGCAGUGGGGAGGUAGACGAGCAGAUAUUAGAGGACAGGAGCAAAGUCCAGAAGCUGGCGGAAUGGGGGCCUGGAGUACUGACUGCCGGCUCCCUGCAGCACAUGAAAAGCUUCGUGAUGCAGGCCUCAGGCAGCACUUGGGAGGUCGAUCAAGAGGUACUCCCUCCUAUAAUGAGCCAAUACGUAAGGAGUUACGUAGCCGCUCGUGCCAGUGGCGGACUUCUCCGCGGCUCCCUGCAGCACAUGAAAAGCUUCGUGAUGCAGGCCUCAGGCAGCACUUGGGAGGUCGAUCAAGAGGUACUCCCUCCUAUAAUGAGCCAAUACGUAAGGAGUUACGUAGCCGCUCGUGCCAGUGGCGGACUUCUCCGCGAAGCUGUGACACUAGCUUAUAUAGGGGACCUUCUGGUCCAGUCUCGUCCAGCCGAAGCACUGGACGCUCUGAGUCAGCGCCUCAAGAGUCUAGAGAUGGUGACAGCAGGACAGAGCUGGAGCGUAGCUCAAAAGAUAGAAGUGGUACCGGCGAUCGAAGCAUCGAUGGCGUCGAGAGCCGAACUGCAGUUGGCUCAUCGCGAAGCUCAGCUGGACUCCAAGGAAAGAGGGAGUGGAGAAAAGAAGAACGGAAUAGGGAGGAGUUCGGAACGGCGAGGGCUUCAGAAAGAUACAUCUCCCGAGGGGGGAGAGGAGGCAAACGAGCUUGGGGAACUUGUGGACGAGCAGGCAAAAACUGAGGGCAACAGGCAGCAUGAGUCGUUUCACCACUACGAGGGAGAGGCUGCCACCUCUCCCGUUUUCACCUUUGGUACAGGGGUUAAUAACAACCCAACUUCGCAGCUGGACGCCGCGGCGGACUCUGGCAUGGGCCGAAACCUCGCGGGAAAAGAGAAAGAGUGUGGGGAUGGGAAUGUGAGGGUUAGGGAGAUCUUGUCCUGGCUAUCAGGAAAGUUGGACUUGUUUUUGGAUAGGUACCUUGCCUUCAAUCGUCCACUGCCGCAUAGCCUCUGCGGAGCAAGGGAAGGCAAAUGGUACCCAUGCAGUGCAGUACUGCCUAUGGGUUUUAAAAAUUCAGUGUCACUUGCACAGCAUGUGCACCGCUACAUUGUGAAACAGGCACUGCAGUAUGUGCCUUUUUCUGGUGAAGCUGAGCUGCGAAAGGAUAAACCCUUCUCCUCAAGUAAUCCUCAGUUCCGCAUCUACUUGGACAAUUUUGAUGAGCUCCGGAAAGUCUCCAAGCCCAUGGCAGAAGCCAUUGAGGGCAAAGUGUCACCACUGGUCACAGGGCUUCGAGAAGAAUACCUCCGAUUGGGGGUGCCGCGACAUCCCAAAAAAGGGGUGGCUUCUCAAAGACGGGCCGAGGCGGCGUCGCCAAAAGCUAGGGCAGCUAUGCGCAAGCAGCUAGGCACUCUUCGCCAACUGACCGUUCAACCUACAACGCGACUUAGGUACAACCAAGCAAAAGAUGAUUUCUUUGAAUAUUUAAAGUCCAUCAAUCGGGCGCUGCCAUCCACCGCCAAAGAGCUGGAUAUUGUAGUUUCAGAUUACCUAGAACAUUUGUGGGCCAUUGGAUCCGGCAGAUCAGCUGGAUCUAAUAUCCUGGCCGCGCUCCAGGACUCUCAACCUUACCUUAAGGGUAAGCUAGCUCAAAGCUGGAGGUUGAUGAAGACCUGGGUGAUUAAUGAGAUUCCUAACAGAGCUCCACCUUUAACUCUGGAAAUGGUGGAAGCCAUGACCGGCUAUGCUCUUUUUAAAGGCUUAGAUACCUUUGCACUGUCCUUGUUACUAGGAUUUUUCGGGCUCCUGCGAACGGGAGAGAUCCUUUCAAUUACAGCUGCUCAAGUGUCCAUUCAUGAUCCUAAAGGGCCAGCCGUCCUGUCAUUGGGAAUGACAAAAGCGGGAAAACGGCAAGGAGCCGCAGAGUCUGUCACUCUGCAUGUUGAAGAUGUGUGUCGACGCCUAUACCACUGGAAAACGCAUGUUUCCAGCCGAGCGUUGUUGGCCCCCUCGGGCCAUAAAUGGCGAAAAACUUUUAAUGAAGUUUUGUCUGCUCUCUCUUUUGACAAAGCCGAUUAUCGGCCAUACUCGCUCCGGCGAGGCGGCGCGACACAUUUUUUCUCCCACUUAGGUUCCUUUGACAAGUUGCUCCAGUUGGGGCGGUGGCAAGCAGCAAAAACUGCUCGAAUCUACGUCAAUGAAGGACUUGCAGUCCUCGCGGAAAUGAACACUGGGCUCAACCCUUUUGCCAAAAAUUUGCGUACACAGUACCUCCGUUGUCUCACUCAACCAUUGCCAAGACUUGCCCGCGCACAAGAUGUGCAGGUCAGGGGAAGUUGGAAACAACACCACAAGAAGCAAAAGCGGAAAAGAACCGGGGAAAACAUUUGGGUUUGGCCUCCUGUGUCUCGGGCUUGGCCGGACCAGGGAGGACCCUAG